GUCACCGUCCAUUUUACAAAGACACUCACUUACUUGGCCGCAACUCCCAACCACAUCACGCUCUUUCUAUUCCCUACUUAUAUUCCCAUCUCAAAAAACUUCCUGGAGACAACAAAACAUUAACACAAACGCAAAUCUCAUCUCUCGCGUUUACUAUGGAGAAGAAGCGUUUUGGACUUGCGGCUGCGGUUGUAUUCUUAAUAUUGGUUCAAGUCUCUGUAUCGGUUCCGUUUAUAGUGCUUCAUGGAAUUGCAGCUGCAUGUUCGGAGGGCAAAGAAGCUAACUUCACACAGCUUCUCUCUAACUUCUCUGGCUCUCCUGGUUUUUGCCUAGAAGUUGGAAAUGGAGAACUCGAUUCAUGGUUCAUGCCACUUGCGAAACAAGCAGAAAUAGCGUGUGAGAAAGUGAAGCAAAUGAAAGAGUUGCGUCAAGGAUACAACAUUGUUGGAAGAUCUCAGGGGAAUCUAGUGGCUAGGGGCUUGAUUGAGUUCUGUGAUGGUGGACCUCCGGUUUACAACUAUGUAUCUUUAGCAGGUCCUCAUGCUGGAAUCUCCUCUGUUCCUAUGUGUGGUUCUGGAUUAUGGUGUGAAAUAGCAGAUGAGCUGAUCAAGUCAGAUAUUUAUAGCGACUUCAUUCAAGAUCAUCUUGCUCCUAGUGGUUAUCUCAAAAUCCCUACCGAAAUGAAAAAGUACCUGGAAAGUUCCAAGUAUCUACCUAAGCUUAACAAUGAGAUACCAGGCCAAAGAAACUCCACUUACAAAGAACGUUUCGCCAGCUUACACAACUUGGUUCUUAUCAUGUUUGAAGACGAUAAGGUCAUUGUUCCAAAAGAUUCAUCUUGGUUCGGGUUUUACCCGGAUGGUGAUUUCGGACCUCUUCUCACCGUUCGAGAGACAAAACUCUUUAAAGAGGACUGGAUCGGUCUAAAACCAUUGGUUGAUACUGGGAAAGUGGAGUUUGUGAGUAUAGAUGGCGCACACCUAAGAAUGUCGAAUGUCGAUAUCGUCAAAUACGUUGUGCCGUAUCUCCAAAACCAAUCUUCUUCCGAGCAAAAAAGAUUCAACCGCAAAACCAAGGAGCCUUUGCGUACUUAAAAGAGAAAAUAUCUCAUCAUUCAUAUGUAAUAGUGAAAAAACCCUAGUGAUGAUUGUGUAGAACAAAAAUCCUUAUUCAUAUAGUUAUUAUUAUAAUAAUGUAUGCAUAAGUAUUUAAUCAUAUAAAAUCCAAAAGGCAAAUGGGAGAGUUAAAUUCUGAUUA